AUGGGAAAACCAGAUUUCCUCAGCCCCAAGGCGAUUGCCAACCGCAUUAAAUCCAAGGGGCUGCAGAAGCUGCGCUGGUACUGCCAGAUGUGCCAGAAGCAGUGCCGUGAUGAGAAUGGCUUCAAGUGCCACUGCAUGUCUGAGUCCCACCAGAGGCAGUUGCUGCUGGCUUCCGAAAAUCCUCAGCAAUUCAUAGAUUACUUCUCUCAGGAAUUCCAAAAUGAUCUCCUGGAAUUGCUCAGGAGGAGAUUUGGAACAAAGAGAGUCCACAAUAAUAUUUUAUACAAUGAAUACAUCAGCCACAGAGAACACAUCCACAUGAAUGCUACAAGAUGGGAGACACUGACUGAUUUUACAAAAUGGCUGGGGAGGGAAGGUCUUUGUAAGGUUGAUGAGACUCCUAAAGGCUGGUACAUUCAGUACAUUGACAGGGACCCAGAGACCAUUUGCAGGCAGCAAGAACAAGAUAGGAAGAAGAAACAGGACCUUGAUGAUGAAGAAAGAACUGCUAAAUUCAUUGAACAACAGCUUAGAAGAGGUUUGGAGGGGAAAGAACUGAAAAAACCAGUCUAUACGGAACUGAACAGAGAAAACAAACAAGAAAAAGUUACAUUUCAUUUAAACAAAGGAGCAAGUACUUCAGCAGCAUCUUGUAAAACAAGUGUCCUUGGACAGAAUGCACUGAAGAUGGUGGAAGGGGCAGUUAAAAGAAAAAAACCAGCUCAUAGCUCUGGUCAGCCCAAAAAGAAAAAGAAGAAAUCUGCACUGGACGAGAUCAUGGAGCUCGAAGAGGAGAAGAAAAGAACAUUUCGAAGAGACUACUGGUUACAGCCUGAAAUCAUUGUAAAAAUUAUAACAGAAAAGCUUGGAGAGAAGUACCACAACAAGAAGGCAGUUGUUAAGGAAGUGAUUGACAAAUAUACAGCAGUUGUAAGGGUGAUUGGCUCUGGGUGCAAGCUGAAGCUUGAUCAGACACAUCUAGAAACUGUAAUACCAGCACUGGGCAAGAAAGUGAUGGUAUUAAAUGGUGGGUACAGGGGAAAUGAAGGGAUUUUGGAGUCUAUUAGUGAGAAGAAGUUUUCAGUGACAAUAACCAUUGACUCGGGACCUUUUAGAGGGCUCAGAGUCAAAGAUAUCCCAUAUGAAGAUGUUUCCAAACUUGCCUGA